CUUUUUUUUAUAAAAAGAAAGCUCUCUUGCUGUUGGUGCUUCUCCUCUUACACACAACUACUUAAGUCACGCACACAAUUGCAAUCAGUCUGUCAAAGUUUCUGCCAAACAAUUUCACAAAAACAAUGUUUCAUUCCCUGAAUUUCAUUUUUGUGGCUGUCAGAUAAUACGAAUCAAAGCCGAAAAAGUUGAUAAAUACGUCGAGAAUGCCGGAAGGUGUGAGAAUUAAAUUCAAUCUGUGAUGUUGACAGGGCUAAUUGUGGAGACUGGACAUUCCACGUCAGAUAUCCAGGUUCAAGGGCCCCACUAGAAGCUUCAACUCACAUAAUGGCUUGUUUAUUGUUGAAUCCAAAGAACAUACAGAUUAAAAUCCCAUCUGUCCAGACAAUAGAUGGGAUUACGUUCUAUGUCGUUGAGGUUAGAAUUGACGAAAUUGUGUGGACACUGAAGCACAGAUACAAUGAAUUCGCGGAACUGCAUGAGACUCUGGUGUCGGAGCACUGUGUGGAGAAGGAAAGCCUUCCCCCAAAGAAACUCAUUGGCAACAAGAGUGAGGCUUUCAUUGAGAAGAGGAGACAGGGACUCGAAAUUUAUCUAAAUUCUGUUUAUAAUUAUUUGAAGAAGACGAUGCCAAGGGAGUUGGCCAUGUUUCUGGACCUACAUGUUUAUGACAUUUUCUUCCUGCUCCAAAAUAUGUCUCUGCAUUUUUUUACCGAGGGCGAAGCUUUAUUGCUGGACGAAAAGGGUUGUACGUUCACUCCUAUUCAACUCUACGCAAUAAGUGAGCGAUUAAAGCAGCCCUGUCCCCCACUGGAGGUGGCAGACCGUAAAUUUGACUUCAGUCAUGUACUGGAUCUGAAUUCUCAUCUGAAGACUCUUACUAUUGAAGGCAGCAACGAGCCGUAUGGCACCAGCAACAUAAAUCCGUCUCGUCUCCCAAUCGAGUUAUCGACAUUUAAAACUGUCGAGCACCUUGUAAUAAGUCAUUAUCCAGUAGAUAAAAUAUAUGGCAUGGGAAAUGUUCGUGACACAGUCAAAAUUCUUGAGGUACAUCACACCAAGUUGAAGAACAUCAUAGAGUUGGUGAUGUGCGAGGAGGUCCACCAGAGAAUUGAAAAUGCAAAUGACUCGCACGUUUGGCUGAAAGUGACACAUGUAGAUCUCAGCGAUAAUCGAAUAGAAUGCAUCGAUGAGGCUAUAAAGUUGAUGCCCCAUAUCGAGUCAUUGGUUCUCAACAAUAAUCUCCUUGCCGAAAUUUCCAAUGUGACUCUGCUACCCAGACUCUCGCAGCUUUACCUUGCGUCCAAUAAUUUCAUCAAUUUGCCUGAUAAGUUGCACACUAAAUUGGGGAAUAUUGUGCACAUGGAUAUCUCUCAGAAUCAGCUGACUUCGUUAGCAAGUUUCUCGAAACUUUAUUCCCUAGAGUGGCUGGACGUGAGUUGUAAUAGAAUUGAGAAUAUCGAGGAGGUCAAGCAUAUUGGAUCUCUUCCCUGCCUGGAAAAUCUCAGAUUGACUGGUAAUCCAGUCUCCACAAUAGUGGAUUAUCGGGUUAAAGUGUUGGAGCCUUUUGGCAAGCGAGCUGCUGAUAUUUGUCUCGAUAAUGAAAAACCAAAUCAAAAGGAAUUAGACACUGUUGCUGUGUUCCAAGCUUUGAGAAUUGCUAAAGAAGGAAAAUCUCCAACUUUUAGUACACCUGAUUCGUCGCUCUUUGCUGCCGAAAUACCCAGCACUUAGGUCGCUCUAUUAACCAAAUAUAUUAUUAAUAAUUCUGAAUGAUGAUUCAUUCGUUUUUAUUCAGUAAUUAUUUUUAACUAUCCAGAGCUUUUUUUAAUGAAAAUGAUCAUGAUAAUUGAGUGGUCAAGUCUGAUCAUAGAGUGAAUGAGUAAUUGUGCACACCUUCCUGACGAGUUGAAUAUAUUUUCAAUUUAAAAUAAAUUACCAACAUAAAGCUCUAUCGUAAUUUUAUGUCAUCAAAUCAAUGGAAUAUGUUUUGUAUUUAUUGAUGAGAUGUUUGAAGAUUUUUAUUUUAUGUAACGGUUGGUGCUUCUACUCACUACCAUCAAUAAUAAUCAGUAUAUUAAUUGAAAAGCCAAAAUCAUCGAGAAUUGUCGUAAUUUCUCGUCAUAAAGAACGAGAGGAAAAGAUGAAACUUUUGUUAAAUUAUGUGGAACUUUUAUGCUGUUGAAGAGAAGUUGAAUGUAAAAUCAAUUUGUACGUGUCCAUUUUUAUUUUACAGAAUGAUUUAACAUGGAAAUUAUAUUCUCAUGUAUAUAAGAUUGAAUAUUUUCUUAAUAAAGUAUAAAACCUGUGAUAACACCUGA